AUUCUUUUUCCCUUGCUCUGUCCGGAAUUUGCCAGUCCCUGCUACAUAAAUCGCAAUUUGCUGAAUUUGGAAACAAUCAUCCGCACGCUAAGAUUCAAUGGCAUCCAAGAGACACUCAUUCAAUGCAAAGUGGACGGAGUCUAUAACCAAUAUACUUAUCGGUUUAUUGGUGGAUGAGGUCAAAAAGGGAAACCGCACCUCUUCCACUUUCAACAAAGCAGGGUGGAGGAAUGUACAGUCUGAACUCAAUAGACAGACAGGAUUCCAAUUUACCAUGGUUCAGCUGAGGAACAAGGUAAACAAACUGAAAAAACAGUAUGGCAGUUUUCACAAACUCAUUUCUCAGACAGGAUUUGGUUGGGAUAAUGUCAACAAAAGAGUUGUUGUCGACGAUCCAAGUAUAUGGGAAUCUCAUAUCAAGGAUAAUGUCGAGUGGGCAAGAUUCAGGAAGAAUGGACUUCCUCAGUAUCCUGAGCUUUGUAUUAUUUUUGGUGGUACAUAUGCUACUGGGGAUUAUGCCGUAGGAUGUGCUCAAGAGGACAAUCUAUCGGAUGAUGAUGACAAUGGUAAUGACAAUGUACGUGGUGACAAUAGUGGUGGCGAUGCAGAUGGUGGCGAUGCAGAUGGUGUCAAUGUAGGUGGUGACUAUGAUGGUAGCAAUGCAAAUGAUUUCUUUGGAUACCACAGUGAUAACAGACUUUUUACAACGAGACGAUCUUUGGAACUUCAGCUCGUGGGAAGCACAAAUUGGAUAGAACUCCAAAUAGUAAGCGAAGAAGAAAGAGUAACCAAUCCAGUUUUGCUGAAACUUGUAGAGCCAUACAAGAUUUUCUAA